AUGACUCGCUACCUGAUUAGACGCCGACAACUAGAGUGUCUGUUUUCUCUGCGUCUCUCGAGCAAUCGAAGCAAUCGGAGUGCUGUAUACCCAAUAAAUCUUCAUUUCUAUCGACUGGUUUUUAUGUUUUAUGGUGCGUUUAUUUUUGAUCUCGCUUUCAUAGUCCUAUUCAACAUUUAUUAUUACUCUAGGUCUGUGAGAUUUCCGAUGUCGAUUGAUUUCAAAUUUUGCAGACAUGAUCCUAACAUGAUUCAAACUUUAUCAAUUUUGAAAUCACCUCACUAUAUAGUCGCUCUGGUUGGGAUCAAUUUGGCCUACGCCCAUCAAACACUUUUGUCCCUUUUGGCUGUUCAGAGAUUCCUUUUGUACUUUUUUCCCGGCUUAGAGCCACAUAUCAGUUUUGGAAUGAAGAAUACCACAAAAUUGAUAUAUGCAAUCCAUUUUUUGUGUUUUCUUCCGGUUAUCAUAUUUAUCAUUAUCACACUGGUUCAGUUUACGAUCGGUGAAGCGUAUCCAGUUAAUCCAGAAAUGGAAGGAUAUUUAAAUAAUAUAACGGGAUUUAUUACAAACGCUCUAAUGGGUUUCUCCGCUAUUUUAUACAUCCCAAUCUACAUUAGUAUUUUUCGCCUUCGCCAUUUACCGUCUGUUGAAAAAAAUAAACCACAAAAUUAUAUUAUUCUUCAGACCAUUCUUCUAUAUGUGUUCAAGAUUAUGGAAAUUCUUCUUUAUCUGUUUCUGCAUCACGCUCGAGUUAUAGACAUAAUGCAUGGUUCAUUUUAUCAUUUUCAACUGGACAUUUACUCAACCCCAUUAUUAGUUCAAAUACCGUAUCUUUUUUGUAAUCGACGGAAUGUGGAGGAAAUGAGAAAACGAUUAUCACUAAAAUGGUUUUGGUCUAAAGUAUGGAAUCGAAAAAAUAGUCGAGUUGGGGGAAUCGAUAAUAGUCAAACUGUGAUUUCCUAUAUUCAAUCGACUCACGGUUAA